AUGGCCACCAAGCCGGACACAAGUGCCGGAGAUCCCCUCAGCACCAAGAACCAACUGCUCCAAGCCGGUGCUUCAGUGGUGCAGGACUUUGCACCGUUGAGAAAUGUAUGCGCUCAUCUCAAUGCCUUCCACGCAUACGCCUCUGACCCAACUCGCGUAGUCGAGGCAAACCACUACUGCGGACACUUGAACGAAGACAUCCGCCAAUGCAUCCUCUACGAUAGUCCGGAAACGAAUGCGCGCAUCAUAGGCAUCGAGUACAUGAUCACCCCCAAGCUGUACGAGACUCUGGAGUCGGAGGAGCGCAAGCUCUGGCACAGCCAUGUGUACGAGGUCAAAUCGGGUAUGCUCAUCAUGCCGCAGGUAAAGCUGCCCGACUCGGCAUGGGAAGCGGCAGAGAACAGGGAGAUGGAGCAAGUCGUUCAACUAUACGGAAAAGUGUUCCACCUCUGGCAGGUCGACAAAGGCCACCAGCUGCCCUUGGGCGAACCGCAACUCAUGACUAGCUUCACCCAGCCCGGCCAGCUCGACUUUGAGAAAUACGUUGAUGAGCGAGACAAAAGGUUCAAGUCAGAUUAUAAGCGCAAAGAGGAGGCCCGGAAGCACAUUGCGAGCCCGUUGGUUCAUACCGACGCUGACCAAGCAUGGAAGGCCAAGAAAGAAGGGAGUCUCGCAAUAAAAAGUGCCAAACACUGA